AUGCCUUUUCGUGUGGCUUCCUGGCUAGUGCGGGUGCCAGAAAAUACUUUGCGGACAAUGUUCCAGAAGGUGCAGAAGAAUCAGUGGGAACCUCUGCUGACAGAACGAGCGAUUGCGAUACAGGAGGAGAAGGACAAUCAGCCCACUGUCGAUCUUGAGCUGGAGAGGCACCCUUGUGAGCUGCAGCUUGAAGAGCUGCGUUGCCGGCUAGCGGCAGUGGGCGGAGACGGCGCUAUUACGAAAGGCGGCCCUCGCGCCAAGCACUCAUCAACCCAGUCGGCAGAGAUUCUUUGGCAUCGAGUUAAGGGCAAGCAAACGCCUAUCGCGGUUUGGGGCCUCUUUCACAGAUCAGACCGCGCCCAAGUGGUGGCGGCCGAGAAAAUUCCGAUGAUACAAGAGCUGCUUGACGUGGCAAACGAAUGCAAUAGAUUGUUCGGAGUAAACUCAGGCAAGGUGCUGCUACGGUCAGUAGCUGGUGAGCUGGGUGAGCGUGCCCUGGCAGUUGACACCCUGUCAGGGACACGGAAGCUGGCAUCUUUGGCUGCUGCUCCUGCGAACCUCUACCGCAAUUAUAAGACAUACUUUGCAGGGAUGUUUGUCAGGCUGGAAUAUGCGGACCGUGGCUUUGGCUCCCAAACCAAAAAGAGCUUGACAGAGAUGGGGCGAAGACUAUCUGAGGGCAGCUUCAUUGUCUUCAUGCUUAUCUUUGAGGACAUUUCCCGCUUGGUCCUGUCCCCAUACACAUUGCUAGUGCAAAAGCUUGCUGUGGAGCCGUGGAUCCAAAUGGCCCAUGGACAGCGCUUGUUGCAGUCUCUUCGCCAGAGGCAGGCCCACCUGCGAAAGAUCAGGCCUGUGAUUCCAUGGCCCAACAAAAUGUUUCUCUCUUGCGUUGCAACAUUUCUAGCUCAUGAUUGCAGGCUAAUGUAG